UUCAGUGUUCAGGUUUUAUGCAGCAUCAGAAACCAAGUCCAAAAUUGAAGCCUCAAAAUUAUUUAACUUAUUCAACUAGAACUACAAUUUAUAGUGCCCUAACAAUAUUUUAUCGUCUAUGCAGAACAACUCUCGACUAUGUGACUGAUAACAAAGCAGUGAAAGCCUAUCAGAAUGUUGAACGCCUAUUCCGAAUCACAAUCGGAUAUUGAUAAUGAACAAACUAUCGGAACUAAACAAAACCCACGACAAACCAUCAACCGCCGCCCGGACAAGCGCAGCUCGCUGGUUAGGCGAAAUGCUUCCGAGAAGAACAAUAGAAGGCAAAGCGUCAACAGCGUGUACAACGAGGGUCAGUUCAGCGAGUCUUGCAGCAUGCGAAAGAAGGGAAACAAGUCCGUUGGGUCGGCUUCCUCCUCGACCGGAACGGUGGAAUCUUCAGGGAGCAGCUGUAGCGAUGGUGACACGUCAUCGUCCUACGGUGAACCCAACCUUCCCUAUCCCGGAUUUGCGGAAUACUCGCUCAAGUAUCUCAGCCAGGACACGAAACCGAGAAUAUGGUGCCUGCAGUUGAUAACCAAUCCAUGGUUUGAACGAGUCUCUAUGCUGGUUAUCCUGCUAAACUGUGUGACGCUGGGAAUGUAUCAACCAUGCGUAGAUGAUGCCUGUGUAACAAAUCGUUGUAAGAUAUUACAGAUAUUCGAUGAUAUCAUAUUCGCCUUCUUUUCCCUCGAAAUGACAAUCAAAAUCGUAGCGAUGGGCGCAUGGGGGAAAGGAACCUAUCUGGCUGAUUCCUGGAACAGGCUGGAUUUCUUCAUUGUUUUGGCUGGAGCUUUGGAAUACUGUCUUCAAGUGGAAAACUUGAAUUUAACUGCUAUUAGAACUAUCCGUGUACUUAGGCCAUUGCGGGCAAUCAAUCGAAUACCGAGUAUGCGAAUACUUGUCAUGCUAUUGCUAGACACCUUGCCUAUGCUCGGUAAUGUAUUGCUAUUGUGUUUUUUCGUAUUCUUCAUCUUUGGGAUAGUGGGUGUACAGCUGUGGGAGGGUAUCUUGCGCCAGCGCUGUGUCAUAAAGCUUCCAGAUAAUGUAUCGGCCCCAGACACAUUUACACAACGUAACCUUUACUAUAGAAUUGAGACCCAAAGUGAAAGGAGAUCUGACAUAUCAUUUUAUUACGAGUUUUCGAAGGAACAAGACUACAUCUGCUCGAAGCCCGACGACUCUGGUAUGCAUCUGUGCAACAACCUUCCACCAUAUAGGAUAGGACCACUUGUUUGCAAUGCCUCUGCCAUGCCAUUUUCAAACAAUAUACCUUCGUCAAGAUCUUGUGUUAAUUGGAAUCAGUAUUACACCAAUUGUACGCAGCUAGGAAACAAUCCAUUCCAAGGAACGAUCUCCUUCGACAACAUUGGACUGGCCUGGGUUGCUAUAUUUUUGGUUAUUUCACUGGAAGGCUGGACUGACAUAAUGUACUAUGUUCAAGAUGCUCACAGUUUUUGGGAUUGGAUAUAUUUCGUUUUGCUAAUUGUGAUUGGAUCAUUCUUCAUGAUAAACCUCUGCCUAGUCGUAAUUGCAACACAAUUUUCCGAAACCAAAAAACGUGAAAUGGAGCGUAUGCGCCAGGAAAGAGCCAGAUUUACAUCAACGUCCACUUUGGCAUCCAGUACGAAUAACUCCGAACCGACAACUUGCUACGCAGAAAUCGUCAAAUACAUUGCCCAUCUGUAUCGGAGACUAAAGCGCCGCAUCAUUAAGAAGUUACGACAGUAUAAAUAUCAAUACCAACAUCGGAAAGAAGGAUUGUUACCCCAUACUCCGGAAACCCUAACAUUGUCUCCAAACAAAAUUAAAGCUCACCAUCCCAAAUGUCCGAAACUGAAUUCAUUGGCCACCACUGCUGUUCAAAAAAACAAUCAAGAUUCAAAUACUUCUUGUGCCAUAAUUCCAAGGCUGCCAAGAAGCUCACCCUGCACUGUUGGAACUGACAAGCAAAUGUCGUCACCCGACGUAUCGGAAAUGGUUUCCGUUGAAAACAUCAAAAAUAACGCUCUUAAUAACUGCUCAAAUUAUGUGAACCCUGAUGAAAAGCAGAAAAUUGUUUUACUGAAGAUCCCUAAUAGUGAAAACAAUCAGUCAUCUUCGAAUUCCUUGAGUCCAACGUCCUCAGGUAGAAGAAGAUCAUCUGUUAUGUUUAAUGAAUAUGUUAUACAUCAUACGCCUCCAACUAUUCCAGCACCAACCACAGAUAAAAAUGUAUAUUGCUUGGAAAAAAUGACCCAAACUAGCGAUAGUGGAAUUUGGCAGGUCAGCCUACCACAAUCCAUCCAAACCAUGGCAACGGUUUUCAACGACUACUCAGAACUGUGCAUGACGGACGCUAUGACAUGCCAAGAGCUGCUAGCGUUUUCGGUUGCUUUCUCGGCGGCUUUACCGACCGGACACACUACGCUGGAAUCAUUCUAUUCGACUCUAACUAGAAAUCGAACAGGCCAAAGCAAUAACAAAAAUUCGUCAAUUACAAACUUACGUGGAUACAGCGCAGAAAACGUUUCCCAGAAAUCUCCACCGAAUGUAGCAAGAAACUUGUCGCAAAAUGUAUCCAAUAUCAAUAACAUUAACAAUGAGGAAUUCGCCUGUUGCUACGAUCUUUACCAAAACAUUGGAUUAGAAGAGCCUAAGCCAAAGCGCUCAAGACCUUUCAGAUGUGUGACUGGAACCUACAAGGCGGUCAGGAGAUUUCUGCACUGCAUCAGGGUAUACAUCAAACGAUUGGUGGAACAUAAAUAUUUUCAGCAAGGCAUAUUGCUGGCAAUUUUAAUUAACACACUAUCAAUGGGCAUCGAAUACCACAAUCAACCAGAAGAGCUGACGGCCAUUGUGGAGACAAGUAAUAUAGCUUUCUCUGCCAUAUUCGCUGUUGAAAUGGUACUAAAAGUGAUUGCAGAGGGACCAUUUGGUUAUGUUGCAAACGGUUUCAACGUUUUCGAUGGAGUCAUUGUUAUACUGAGUGUUGUAGAACUUGGCCAGGCAUACCUAGGCGAAGGUCAAGGUAGUUCAGGGUUGAGUGUGCUACGGACAUUUCGUCUGCUUCGCAUCUUAAAGUUAGUACGUUUCAUGCCGAACCUUCGACGCCAACUGUUUGUAAUGUUAAGAACUAUGGACAAUGUCGCCAUCUUCUUCUCCCUACUGAUAUUGUUCAUAUUCAUAUUCAGCAUACUUGGCAUGUACUUGUUUGGAGGUAAGUUUUGUAAAUUUAUCGAUGAAACUGGACAAGAGAGGGAAUGCACUUGUCCCGAAAUAGUCUCCAAGCAUCCUCUGUGUGAAUGUGACCGUAAACAUUUCAACAACAUUCUAUGGGCCACAGUGACGGUUUUCCAAAUCCUCACGCAAGAAGAUUGGAACGUGGUCCUGUUCAAUGGAAUGGAGAAGACAAGUCAUUGGGCCGCUCUAUACUUUGUAACACUCAUGACUUUUGGAAAUUAUGUAUUGUUCAAUUUGUUGGUCGCAAUCUUGGUUGAAGGUUUUAGCUCGGAGCGUAACGAGCGAAGAGAACGGGAACAGCGAGAGCUCGUAAAGGCGAAACUAAAUGCCGAAUCAUUGGCAGCGCAAGAACAAGGCAGCGAUAUUUACGAUGAUCCCAAGAGUUUUUCAGAAUCUACCACCAGUGAUAGCUACAAUGAGUCAAAGGGGAAAUGGUUUAGUGCUGAAGAGCUGCGGAAGAUAAGGGAUAUAAAAUGCAAUAUUCAGAAGCAACGACUGCUGCAACCUGGAUACGAUGAUAUAAAUUUAUCGAUUCCAAAGCUUAAUUCGGAGAAAGAUGCAAUAAACUCAAUCGAUCUGUAUUCUAGUAGAAAGCAAAGGAAAUGCGAACCCCUGAAGUUGUACAACAUCCAUGUAACGGAUCCUCCGAUUAUAACAACUACUGCCGCGACUCCACAAGACUCCCCUAAUGCAACUCUUGAGGGCGGUACCAGCUUCAAGGAUUGGGAAAAUAUAGACUUCGAACAGUUGGAAAAAAGUUCCAGCUCUUCGUUGCUCAAGCCCCCACCAAUACUGGGAUCACUAAAAGCCUUAGAUGAUCGGUCGUACUUCGAAGGGCUGCCAGUGUUGAAUGAAAUGCGAAAAAAGUCUGAUAAGAGCUCCAGUUCGCAGGGAGAAUGCAAGUCGCUUCAAAGUGACCGCGCGAUACAAUCGAUGGAGGGGGCACAAAAAUCGGAAACAGUUCGGAAAUCAAGUCUUAAAUAUCGGAAGGAAGCUCCGACUGACGGUGAAAUCCUUAACAACGGUAAAUGUGUGUCACGUGUUGGAGGAACCACUCCAUUUGAAGCACGCAAAUUCGAUCCAUUGUCGCAGAAAAGCAACAGAAUACAAAAUGAUACACAGAGGGAUAGACGUAACUCGUCUAGAAGAAGCUCUGUGAGACGAUCAUCGUCAAUUAAAAUCGACAGUGGACCCGGGAGCAUUGCCAGCAAUAUAAGUGCACCGUCGUACUCCAAAUACAUCUACAACGAUAAGAAUAAAUACUAUAUCGAUAGGAAGAGUUCGCUCCGGUUGAGUGACAUAAAAUCUCCUAACAACGUGCGCCGAAUGUCGUCCAUAGAACAAACCUACCAUAAACAUUCAAGGGUAAGUGUACACAAUCUGGAAUUGAGAAAAAUUCAGGAAGAGCUAACGAAAAACAAGCUAAAUAAUGCGUCGAUAGCAUCAGUACAAGAAACGCUCCCGGAUACGCUUAACACACGGAUAAAAAAGAAAUCUAAGGGACGCCUAAAGCAGUUCUUUCGCUAUGUUACGCCGAACAAUUUUGUGGAGGAACGUGAUUUGUAUACGUUGUAUAUAUUUCCAGAGGACAACAGGUUUCGACAAGUUUGUAGUUGGUUUGUAAAUCAGAAAUGGUUCGACAACGUGAUAUUGUUAUUCAUCGCACUGAAUUGUAUAACAUUAGCCAUGGAAAGACCAAAUAUACCGCCAACUUGCACUGAAAGGUAUUUCUUGGCAACGGCGAACUACGUUUUCACCGUUGUUUUUGCCGUUGAAAUGUUUAUUAAGGUUGUUGCCACAGGGAUGUUCUAUGGGCGAGACGCAUAUUUCACAUCUGGUUGGAACAUCAUGGAUGGCUCACUUGUUAUAAUAUCUAUUAUUGAUCUUAUGAUGUCAUUGAUUAGUGAGUCAAGUCCGAGAAUUUUUGGUAUAUUACGGGUUUUCCGAUUGUUACGAUCGUUACGACCUCUAAGAGUUAUCAACAGAGCACCAGGUUUGAAGUUGGUUGUGCAAACUCUUCUCUCUUCUUUGAGGCCUAUCGGGAAUAUAGUGCUGAUUUGCUGCACGUUCUUCAUCAUAUUCGGAAUCCUUGGUGUACAGCUAUUCAAAGGAACAUUCUACUACUGCGAAGGAGAGAACAUCAAAGGCGUCAAGAACAAAACCGAGUGCUUGUCGAUCGAAGGAAACGUUUGGGUCAAUCGAAAAUACAACUUCGACGAUCUUGGCAAGGCGUUGAUGUCUCUUUUCGUAUUGUCCUCCAGAGAUGGCUGGGUGAAUAUAAUGUAUACGGGGCUUGAUGCUGUCGGCGUCGAUCAACAGCCAAUUGUAAACUACAACGAGUGGCGUUUGUUAUAUUUCAUUGCAUUUAUUUUACUGGUGGGAUUUUUUGUGUUGAACAUGUUCGUUGGGGUCGUAGUAGAAAAUUUUCAUCGUUGCCGUGAAGAACAGGAAAAGGAGGAGAAAAUACGUCGCGCAGCCAAACGGGCAUUGCAGAUGGAAAAGAAAAGGAGAAGAAUGCACGAACCGCCAUACUACACCAAUUAUUCACCAUUGAGAAUGUUUGUCCACAACGUGGUAACAUCGAAGUACUUCGACUUGGCAAUUGCUGCAGUCAUUGGUUUGAACGUGGUGACGAUGGCUAUGGAAUACUACAUGAUGCCACGGGCAUUGGAGUAUGCGCUGAAAAUUUUCAACUACUUCUUCACAGCAGUGUUCAUUCUGGAGGCGGCAAUGAAAUUAGUUGCGCUGGGCUUUAAAAUCUACAUGAAGGAUAAAUGGAACCAACUGGACGUUGCUAUAGUCAUUUUGUCUAUUGUAGGCAUUGUGCUGGAAGAACUCGAAACCAACAUUAUUCCCAUUAAUCCAACCAUCAUACGCGUUAUGCGAGUACUCAGAAUAGCACGGGUGCUAAAAUUACUGAAAAUGGCUAAAGGCAUUAGAGCCCUACUGGAUACGGUUAUGCAAGCGUUGCCUCAGGUUGGAAAUCUGGGACUGCUCUUCUUCCUGUUAUUCUUCAUAUUUGCGGCACUAGGUGUGGAGCUGUUCGGUAGGCUGGAAUGCUCGGAAGAAGUACCAUGUCAGGGUUUGGGCGAGCAUGCACACUUCGCCAACUUCGGCAUGGCCUUUUUAACUUUGUUCCGAGUUGCAACUGGUGAUAACUGGAAUGGAAUCAUGAAGGAUACUCUAAGAGACGAUUGCGACGAUGCUGCCGACUGUGUUAAAAACUGUUGUGUUAGUACUAUAAUAGCUCCAAUAUUUUUCGUAAUAUUUGUACUGAUGGCUCAGUUUGUGUUGGUCAAUGUGGUGGUUGCAGUUCUUAUGAAGCAUCUUGAAGAAAGCCACAAACAGAUGGAAGAUGAGUUAGAUAUUGAAACAGAGCUAGAAAGGGAAUUCGAACGUGAACAAGAGUUCGAGGAGGAACAAGCAUUAUGUAUGCAACUUGAUGAUGAUCAAAAGCAAUUGCAAAAACGGCCUCUCACUAAAGUGUCUUCUUUGCCAUCUAACUUUACUUAUAGCACUCCAGUAGCGGAGAAAAAAUUGAACAUUCAUCGACGACAAACUAUUCAAUACAUCAAUCAGAAUUUAAAUGUACCACAUUCUUAUACUAACAGUAAUUCUUAUGAUGAAACUGCUGAAAACGAUAUCCCAAAUGAAGAUGAUGAAUCAUUCAAUUCUGUCAAUGAAAGCUCUAGUACAAAAAAUACCAACCAAAAAAUCCACAUUAACAAAUCAUUCUUCAGUAAAAACAAUGCCGACAAGCGAGCUUCAUUGGACGAAUUUAGUAAACCGCACAAAAUCGUGGAAGAAUCGGGAAAGACCGAUAAAACAAUUCCAACGAAAAGUGCAAACAAUUGGAAGGAAAAUCUAUCCGACCCGUCAUCAAAAGAGUCGGAAAGCAAUAUGAAAGUGUCGUGUUCGACAAUCAUCCCGUCAAAUAAGUCAUUGACCAAAACCAGUAAACCCGACUAUCGUCAAUUAAGUCUCGAUCAGGACUCUAAGCAUGAUAAUGUAGUAAUUCCCUCCAAUAACAGUUCCACUAAUUUCCCAACCGCCAAUACCCUCAACAACCUGGGUGGCAAUAAGUCAUCUUUUCUAUCCGUACCAAAACUGCAGCCGAAAAGCCGAUCAGGCAGCACGAAGCAACUGUUCAAACAGGUGGCUUUGGACGAGGACACUGAGAUUAAUGAAAGCUCACUGCUGUUGCCUUCCGUAUCGAAUGCAGUUGGUUCGAGUGGCGAUCAUUCGUAUAAUCUGCUGAAGGUAGAAGAUGAGAAUUACGAUGCAGUUAGAAAAUCCGAAUCUUGUGAGAUUUUGAGGAUUAUCUCUGAAAGACGGAAAAUCUAAUUUCAAUUACGUAGCUCUAUCCCUGUUAGUUAUAAAUCUGUAAAAAGUUUUGAAGUAUUCAAUUGGAGCUGGUCGUGAAAGUUUUAAAAAAUGUGUAGAAAUCUGACAACGGAAAAACUUAGUUUUUUGUAUUAAUUAAAUAAAUACUCCUAAAUUCUACAAUUCUCUGAAUCAUUUGAUUGAUGGUGCAAAGUCUUAUUGGUACUUGUGGUACAUUAGCUCACUUAACUUGUAUCGAAUGACAUGUUUGGUUCACAAUAUUAAACCGGGGCGUGCGCUUAAGAUUUUGAUUAAGAGAGUUGCCGGUAUUUCUGACCUUCUUUUUUUUCAGCAUAAUUUUUAAAGUUCUUUAUAACACAUGCUAGCCACUUAGCCAUGAUUCGAAAUGAGAUAAUAUAAAUGUACGGUUAAUAAGAAUUUUUUUAAAUGCAUACAAUGUAUGUACCUAUGUAGAUAAACAUCAGUAAAUCAGUAAAAAAUUCGAAUAAAUCACGCUUCCAAAGUUGUCGGUGAGUAAACUUAGUUUAAAACAUUUGGACAUUGUGAACUAUUUUAUUGUAAUAUUUGACUAUUGGCAUCUACAUGAAAUUCAGAGCAACUGCCUAUAUACGAAUGCGAAAACGACAUUCAAUAAAGUAUAAGAUCAAUGUUUUCUAAAUCGCCUUGAAACUCCAAUAGGUGAAACCAAAUUUGAAAAAAGAAGACAACAAAUGGUGCUUUUAAAAGCAUAGAAAAAAAAUCUAAACAGAAUGUACAUUGUAAAUGUAAAUAUUUAAAUUGAGAUAAAAUUCGAAGCACAUUACUUCCGUUGUCUUCUCCUUUUCUCAACUUGGAUUUCAAUAUCAGCUAUGGAUAUGCCGGGUUCGAUUGAUCCCACAGCGCUCAUAUAUUUUGUUUGAAAAUUAGAAUGGGUGAACACAUGUUUGCUCCUGUACUGGAGGAUUCAGUAUAUCGGAAAUCGUAUGUAUUUUAGGAUAUCUAAAAAUCGCAUACCAUACUUUGAACGCAUAACGUUUUUUGCAAUAUAAAGACAACUGCGAGUUUCUUUUGAAACGCGUGAUUCUUCUGCAGAAAUCAAACCAAACCACACCAGACCCAUAUAUCAAAGAAUCGUUCAUGAUACGACUCGCGAUUAGUAACUUUGUAUGAGUUUCACGUGUUCUUCUUUGUUCUUCGCUUAUAAAAAUGUAUUAUAAAUCAAUAUGUAAACUAAAAUACGCAUCUAUUGGGUUUGGCGUCAAACUUUUGGAUCGAAAUCAUUUUUCGGCGAAUGAGCGAAACGUCGCAUUUCUGCCCGAAAAAGUCAAGAACGAUGCUCUCCCCGCAGUACCACAUGUGAAAGAACUUGUGCAUCGCGGCUCAGGGCGCACUACAAAAACACAUUAACGGGUCAAAACAGCACUUCAGAGAGAUGGAUUCUAUAAUUUCCAUCACAUCAAUUUUAUUUGCAUUCGACAAUGCAAUCCAGCAAUUUCUGAGUUUUUUUCCUUGGCAAAAAACAAUGUUUGAUCAAUUGUGUAUUUUCGUACUGAUACACUGAAUUAAUUCGUCAUGAGCUAGGGUAUAUCCAGGUAUUCCCGACAGGCUAAUGCGCAUCGGCACACCCACUAAAGUAGCAUCUUUAAUUUUUUUUUCUCAACUUGCUAACUCGUGUCUCGAGUGAAAUUAGGGUGGUCAAAAAAAAAAUUGAAAUUUUUUGGUGUGUCACUCUUUUAUUCCGUUUUAUUUGAUGCUCUGUACAAAAUUUCAGCCAACUCGGUCAACGUUUAGGCGGAGCUAAACUAAUUGGAAGUUUAUAUGCGAAAAUGUAUGGCGGCCCAUCAUCAAAUUUGAAAUUAUUUUUUUUAUACUAAUUUGAGCCACCCUAGUGAGCCUACCCUAGUGUGAAAAACAAAAGCCACAUGGUUUGGCCGCCGAAUACUCCCACUCAAUGUUGCGACCACGUGGUCUUUUGCAAAUUACAUCCCUUUCCCCUGUAUGACCACGUGGUCGAUGAUGUAACUGUGUUUUUCCAUACAAAUCUUCAUACAACAUUCAAACGCAAUGCAGGGAGACAGCGUUUGCACAGUUGAAUGAGACUCCGGAUGGUUCCAGGUCGUCUUCCCGCCAUCGGCGGUUGUCAAACGCAAGAGACCGACGAAGAUUCAAUGCAAAUACAAAAGCGGAAGAAAUUCGCGUAUCUUCUAUUGACCUGAAUUGAAUAUUAGAAGAUCGGCUGCUAAACUCACCGGAUGAAGUCAUUUCACUAAACACUAAAUGAACUUUUGACAAAUUUCAUAAUCACACAUACUCAUAAUAGUUUGGUAUUGUUUUGCAUGCUCGUUAAACAGCCAUCACUGUCGCUUUCCUUCAAAAAUACACGUAGAUAGCCCUGAUUGUAAAACUUGUAGAAAAAGAGUUAUUUUGCCCUAUUUUUUGGUUUCUCAUCAUUUUUUUCACUAAUUCAGAUAUUUCGCAACAUGUCCUUCAUCCAUUAUUUGAAACUAUUUCCUUUGUCUUGAAAAGAAGAUAGUAGGCAUUUGUUUUAAGUUCCAUUUAAACAUUAAAAGAAACAUGAUUUUCAAAGCAACUUAUCUGCUAUUGUAAACAAGGAUUUAAGCAUCAAUUUGUCAAGCCUGAUAGCACUAUAAAUACUUAGCAAGUUAAGUAAGACUUGCCGCGGUGUUGGUUUGCAUGGGUGUGUUACAGAUUCGACAACUGAAUGUUUGAAUCUUCGUGUACAAAAAAAAAAUUCUACAAGAAAUUUUGUGUCUGAAACUGCAGGUAAACAGAUGUAACCAAGAUGAAUACAGUACUAGGUGUUCCAAUGUGCCAAGUUGGUGGAAGAGAAGAAGGCGGGGUGAAAAAUUCAUUUUCAAUGCAAAACGAAAACAGACCGGCUGGCUCUCCCAUACUAAAAUCCAAGAUGGCUGAAUCGUGAAUUCGGCAGAUUGGAACACCUAGUGGUGUACUCAUCUUGGAUGUAACACUUUGAACAUUUUUUAAUACAUCAACGGUAUUGUUUACAUCGUAUUGGCUGAAUUGCGAACCAAAUGGCGAUAAUGAAUCAACGCCAACAAAACGAUUGGAAUGUCGUCGAUGGCCGUUUGCCACCUGAAGCAUAUCUAAACGUUCAACAGGUGAGCGAUUGAAAAUGUCGAAGUGUUAUGUUUGAUUGUUUAUGAAUAAACCGUAUGAGGUAAAAGAUAUUAGAAAAAACAUAUUCAAUUCGAGGCUAAUGGAAAAGGUUAAAUAAAAAUUAGUUAGUUUUAACUAAAUUCAAACCCUUUAUUAAUAUUUUGUUUUAAUUAAGUUGCAUUAUUGAUUCGUAGAAGUCCUCUCUCUACCUCAACAACCCAGUAUCUAAUCAAUGUAGUUUUUGUGCGUUUGAAUGUAAAAAAGACUCAGUAGUUUUGUUUCAAAUUGCAACUUUAAUCUCUAGCUGUCGUGUGUUCAUCAAAACUGACAACCUUUGUAUAUUGAAAAAACAAAAAUGACUGAGCAGCCAUCAUUAAAACACUAAAUGCAUCCGUAUUCGUAGUAUUCACUAUAAUUGCAAAUUCUACUGUGAUUAUAUAUUCGUCCUGAUUCAAAGUUGAAAUGGAUUUGAAAAUGAUUAAAAUUUGGAAAAAUGGAAAGCGUUCAUACCUCAGUUUCAUAUGACUGCAUAAUUGAAAAGAAUUUCAACGUAGUAAAUCUAUAGUAAUUUUUAAACUUCUCAAGCAAUAAUAUUGUAAACAUUUUGGGCUGAUUGUGAUUUGAAUUUCGAAUGAUAUUUCAAAUACAAAAAUCUGAGAAAUAAACAAAUUGUUUUGGCGUACGUUGAAUUCAGCCUUUGAGUCUUACAAAAUUUUGCCCAUUUCCUAUAAAAACACGAUUAAUUAGAAGAUUAAAAACUGAGAAACUACAUCAAGCAGAAAUGAAACAAAAUUUUGGUAUUCAGUCCCCGAGAAAAAUCUGCUUGGGAUAAAUGUAUCACAUAAAACUGUAAGCCAUUCUGAAACAAUGGAAUUUAAACGUUUGUUAACCUAAAAGUCAAGGUUUAUCUUGCAUCUUUAUCGAUUAGCAAGUCUUUAUUGGCGAAACAAGACCAAUAGUUAGUUAAAUAGGGCCAAAGUUUCAAACAACGUUAGAAUAAAACAAAAUUAUUGAAUACGAAAAUAGAAAAUAGGAACAGAUUAUUUAGAAGAACGAGAGAUGGUAUAUAAGUAAACAGUGUACAGUAGUUUGAAUGUAGACUUGAUUUAAUGUUAGGUCUGACUGAAGUAAGGCAUUUUUGGUUUAAAAAAACAUGAGGCCAAAGACCACUACGCGAUAUGUUAACGUGCUAGUAGAGUAGUAUGGAUCAAAUAAAUUGUGCCAUAAAUAAAAAAAAGUAUUGUUCAAUGAUCUUACUGAUCUAUUCAAUUAGGAACAAUUAUAUAACUUUCAAGUGCUAUAUAAAGGAGAUCAUCUCUAGAGGUUGUGUAAAUAGUAGUAAACUGUGUAUCUUGUUUUUACAUGUUUAUACUUACAUUUAUUAAAUCUUAAGGAGUAUAAAGAAUGACAAUCUCGUAGAAGCCUUUCUAUUAUUACUACAUACAAAUUAGGGUUUUAAAAUAUUAAAAACAAAAUUGUUAACAUCAGUGAUACAGGAACACUCAUUGAACCGAUUAAAAGUUUAUUUCCUCUGAUAUGUAGACAAAAAACAAUGACGAUUUCUUAUAAUUGAACUAUAUAUGUAUGGAAUGGUUCUCACUCUAAUUAAGUUCUAUUUUUAGUGAAAUAAAAUAAUUUUUGUUCAAC